GCCUUUUCUUCUCCUUUUCUUCUUCCGUCUACCACAGCCACCGAUUCACCUCCCUUCCACCAGCAAUAGUGCACCUGGAAGAAACAAAUGCCUUCUACGCAAAAUGAAAUUCACUUACGACCCUCUGAUUCUCAUUUUCUCACCAGAGAAAUGUCUCCUGCCGUUUCUGAAGAUUUCUUCUCACCGGAAGAUCAAAAUACCCUCGCUGUUCUAAUCCAUCAAGGUCUCACACCACGGCCUUAGCCCACACAACGAAAAGAAUCGCAGGGAGAGCCAGAAAUCACCUUUCGAGUCCGUCAAGCUCCUGCGCCACAAGCAUCGCAUCAAUCUGCGAUCGUUGAUGGAAUUUAAGAUCUAGAGAAGCUUCGUCUGCCUCUCUCUCAGCCGAAAUCAACCCUCCUUUCGAAGCAGUCAAGACACUCGGCCUCAGGAUCAUUUUUGCUUUGGAUAAAUUUUUCAAACCAGCCUACGGAUUAGUGUUAACUUUGAGCUUAAAGUACUCGUGCAUGUCCAGGCCAGUGAAUGGCAAUUAGGGAAACCCAAUGGACAGUCCAGAUGUGAGGAGAUUUGCUCAACGUUCACGAUUGAGGCAGCUUCAAUACAACUGAGUUGGAAAGAAAUAUCCAAGCUCUAUAGGCAUGUACUCAUAUGGGAAAGAUGUCCAAGCUCUACAGCGUACGGGUUAGUGUUAACUUUGAGCUUAAAGUACUCGUGCAUGUCCAGGCCAGUGAAUGGCAAUUAGGGAAACCCAAUGGACAGUCCAGAUGUGAGGAGAUUUGCUCAACGUUCACGAUUGAGGCAGCUUCAAUACAACUGAGUUGGAAAGAAAUAUCCAAGCUCUAUAGGCAUGUACUCAUAUGGGAAAGAUGUCCAAGCUCUACAGGAAUAUGAAAUGCAAUUAACCUUGCAAUCUGUUUGAUGCACAUGAACAAGAUCAUGAAGAACGAGUAGGGGUACCAUCCUUCAUGCGUCGCCAUCUCUACUGAGCAGACAAAAAAACUUGAUCAGUUUGUUUGCUCUGAAAUGCUUUCUAACCAGAAUGUGAGUAACUUCAGGAUUUAGAGUCUUCAUCUUGAACAAGAACUAAUUAAACGGAUCAUUUUUGCUUUGGAUAAAUUUUUCAAACCAGCCUACGGAUUAGUGUUAACUUUGAGCUUAAAGUACUCGUGCAUGUCCAGGCCAGUGAAUGGCAAUUAGGGAAACCCAAUGGACAGUCCAGAUGUGAGGAACAAUGGCGCCAACAAAGAUGUAUCUGGGAGAAGUUGUGAAGAACUUACCAAGCAAAUCUGCUUUAAUUUCCUGGUGAGAGUCACUCGGAAAUGGAAUGCCCUUUUUGGAGAGAAGAAUCGAGCCGUCAAAUCCAUUGAAAUGAUUUUCCUCGAUGAAAAGGGUACGACAAUUCAAGCCACUAUUCCGAUUCGACUUAGUCAUCGAUUCAACACUAUUGAAGAAGGAUCGAUUUAUGUGGUCAAUCACCUAGAAGUUAAAGAGAAUGAUGGAAAGUAUAGGAUCACUGCCCACCCAUACCGUUUUGAGUUGACGGUGUUCACUAAAAUGCAACAUCGAGAACAAAAGCAACAUCCUAGCUUUGUAACUAGAUUUAAAUUUGCAAGCUUCGCGGAUAUCCAGAAGAUGCAGAAUUGUGAAUCUCCUUUUUUGAUAGAUGUGAUUGGCGCGUAUGAUCUUGGACAAGAGUUCAAGAAGCAAAAGACACAAAGGGAUGCUUGGUAUACUGAUUUUCAUUUGGCAAACGUGGAGGGCCAAACUAUCUUAUGUACUUUGUAUGGAGAACUGGUGCUUGAAGUUGAGAGGUUUUUGGCCACUUCGUUUAGUGGUCCAGUUAUAUCCAUUAUCCAAGCAUGCCACACAAAUAAAAGAUAUGGUGAAAAGAUCGGAGUGGCUUCUUCGUGGGAUGCUACCAAGUUAAUUUUGAAUGAACAUAUUCCAGCCAUAGAGGAUUUCCGGUGCCGGUUUUUGAAUUCAAGGCAGACAAUGAAGUCAAUUGGAAGUGAAGCAACCUCAUCUUGCGUGACUCUAAGAGAUGAUAGUAUUGAUGUUGGGUUUACCAUGCCUCUUUUUGAUUUAGAUUCCGCCAAAGAGGUUAAGGGUUGCUGGUUCUACGCUGAAAUUUGUUCAAUUCUUUCAUUAAAGAAUUGGGCUUACCUGGGAUGUAGUACUAAAUCAUGCCUGAAAAAGCUCAAGUAUGAGGGAGCAUCUCUUUACUGCCACAGUUGUAAAGAUGUCAAACAGACAGGUAUUUGGCGGUAUAUGCUAAAAUUAAUGGUGAAGCAUGGCCAGCAUUUUGCAGAGGUAGUUAUUUGGGAUGAUGUUUCAAAUAAGCUAAUCGGCAAACCGGCAGAUGAUCUAAGUGACAGCCUUAACAUGGAGACUCUAUCGCCUUCUGAUGUUCAUAAUGAUGUCUUGGAUUUGAUUGGCCGGGAAUUGAUCUUCAAGGUUGGGAAUCGCAAGGUCAAUACCCUUACAAAUGAGAAGGAGUAUACAAUAGUUGCGUUUUCUGAAAACGCAGACAAAAUUAAAGAGUUGAAGGAUGUUGUUCAAGAGGAAGUUGUUGAGGUAUAUAACUCAGAUUCCGAUCUUGAUCUGUUGUGUGAUGAAGAUACUAACGUCGAAUCAAAUAUGACGCCAAGCUCACAAGAAAUUGAAUCUCAUCAUACCCCUGAGUCGGUUUUGUCCAAGAGACAUGUUACCGAUGAAAAUGAAUCUGAUGAAAUGGAACAAAGCUCAGCUAAGAAGAAGUUGAAGGGGGUUAAGAUUGAGAUGUGACUCGAAGUGCAUUAAUUUAUUUUCUGCUUUGAUGAACUUUGGUACUUAGGAAUAAUGUCUUGCAUGAUUUAGUUUUUAUUUUGGUUUGAAUAAGCAAGAUAAUUUAUCACUUCAGUAUAAAUAUCAUAAAUACUUCCUUAUGGAGUUUUUUCCAUAUUUAUUGUUGAAUAUACAAUGUUAUUGUUCUUUUAUUCAUAUUGUUGAUGAUAGUUGUGCCAAGCAAAAAUAAAGCAGAACAUCACUUUCCCUUUGUUUUGUGGGGUGAUGAUGACAUCAAUGUCAUUUAUUCUAUGUCAC